GUAUAAAAUGACUGUCAUGUCACGGAGACGUCAAACUAAAAUUGAGACAAGUCGCUGAUGAUGUGUUUAAUUCAGCGAAAUAACUGAAAAACCUGCUAAUUAGAUUCUUACUAUGUUUCUACUUUACUGCUAGCUCAUAAACUGAAUUAGAAAUGAAUUUCAAUGCUUCCAGAAACGUGGGUCAGGCCGGGGGUCUGCGGAAGGCGAAGCGGGUGAGCGACGUGGCGGCGAUGGGCGCUCCGGCGCCGCAGCCACCGGCGUACAGCCCGGCGCCCGGCUUCAGCCCCGCGCCGCCCUACAGCCCUACGUUUGGCGCGCCGCCGCACCAGGAGGGCAUUCAGCUCGACGCAGGACAGGACUUUGGCGUGGCACAGCAGCCACCUAGUUAUGGUUACAUGGGGGGAUACCCUCAGUCUCCGAUGGCUGCCAUGGUCUCACCAGGUCAGAUUGGGUCCAUGUUGCAACAACCUGUUGUACAGGACAUGGCGCUGCAGUACGGCAACCAGCUAGCAGCAGCAGGGCGUGAAGCCGUGCAGCGCGAAAUAGGCCGCUACGUGCCCGUGGCGCGGCUGCGGUACUACUUCGCGGUUGAUACCCGCUACGUGCUGCGGAAGCUCAUGCUCAUACUGUUCCCCUACACGCACAAGGAGUGGAUGGUAAAAUACGACCAAGAGAGCCCCGUCCAACCACGCUACGAUCUGAACGCGCCUGACUUGUACUUGCCGGCCAUGGGCUACGUCACCUACGUACUACUGGCCGGAUUCAUGCUGGGCCUCCAGCACCGCUUCUCCCCCGAACAAAUCAGUAUGCAGGCGUCCAGCGCGCUGGCCUACAUCGUGUUCGAGAUGCUCGUCUACACCGUGACGCUGUAUAUCACGCACACACACACGAACCUGCGGACGUUAGACCUGCUGGCGUACUCCGGGUACAAGUACACUGCCAUGAUAGCCAGCUUGCUGGCUGCGCUGGUCGCGGGCCGGACGGGGUACUACAGUAUGUUGGGGUACUGUAGCGUCGCUCUGUCAUACUUCCUGGUAAAGACGCUCCGCGUGCAGGUGCUGGCGGGCGCGGCGCCGGAGCCGGCGGGCCACGGCUACGGCCCCGCCGCCGGUCCGUACGGCCCCGCCCCCGCCGGUCCGUACGGCCCCGCCCCCGCCGCCCCGUACGGCCCCGCCGCCGCCUACACGCCGGCCGGCGGCACCAAGCGCCGCGUGUACUUCCUGCUGUUCGUGGCCGUCACGCAGCCGCUGCUGUGCUGCUGGCUCACCUACCACCUCGUGCCCGGCCCCCUGCCCACCCCCCUGCCCACGCGAUAGCAAACUCAUUGAACAAUGCUCUGUUCUUGGGUGAGGCGUUUUCGAAAUAAAUAGCAUAUUAAUCUGGGCUAUGUCGUUUUUAGACGAAACACAAACUGACAUCGCACUCUACCGCGGUGAGCGGAGCGAUAGAUUUAAAAAUGUAUGCGAGCAAAUCACUUCGCUCGCCGUGACAGAUUGCACUGUCGAUAUGUAAAUUGCUUUAAUUUGAGUUUACUUUAUACCUUUCUAUCGACGAGCACACUGGAAACAAUGUCUCAUCUAUGUCCUUGUAACAGUACCUAACAUCCAAAAAAUAAUGCUAAUAAGACAUUUUUUAAACCUGCCCCGACGGUCUUUAUAAGUGUUCUGGGGCUAAAACAACCGCAUCUAAUAACUAUCUCAUAAUCAUGCUAAAAAAUUAAACUAUUUCAGUAUUCUUUGCUUUACCUGAAAAAACAAAUGUACAGUGAGCGGCACAAACGGCGCACCACCGCGGGAUUCCAAAUCUUACCUUAUUCAAAACUUAAAAAAAAAUGGAUUUUUAAAAACACUCUUCGAAUUACUGAAUUUAAAACAAACACUCAUCGAAUUACUUUUUUCGAGCAAUAUCGCAAUAUUUAGGUCAUGUCCAUAUUAAGAUUUCUACUCAAAAUCCCGCGUGCCGAUCACUGCAGAUGACAAUUCCAUUUCAUUCUCUACCUUAUUUUAUAAGUGUAAGGUCUAUAUUACAAGCAUAACUAAAACAUGUCUGGGCAGCUUGUUUUGAAUAAAGACUUUGAUUAUAAUCAUCAACAACAACUUUCAGCACUCUCAAUCGACCAAUUUUGAACCUUAUGUCUUUGCAAUAAGGUUUACGAAUUGUCAAUUACCAAUGUGUAAUAGCCAAUGUUAUUUUCCUACUAAUAAUUUUAACGACCGGUUUGGCCUAGUGGGUAGUGACCCUGCCUACGAAGCUGAUGGUCCCGGGUUCAAAUCCUGGUAAGGGCAUGUAUUUGUGUGAUGAGCAUGGAUAUUUGUUCCUGAGUCAUGGGUGUUUUCUAUGUAUCUAUGUAUUUAUAUAUUAUAUAUAUCGUUGUCUAAGUACCCUCAACACAAGCCUUAUUGAGCUUACUGUGGGACUUAGUCAAUUUGUGUAAUAAUGUCCUAUAAUAUUUAUUUAUUAUUAUAAUAUUUAUUAUUAUUAAUAAUGACCAUUCACGUUAAGCGGGACAAUAUGACUGUCAUUACCGUAACGAACCCUGUAAUAUAAAUUAGCGGUCGUUAGCACAAAGCCGAUCUCAUUUACCAGUUACAUUACAAAAACAACCAAAGGAAGUACUCAUUUCGUAGGCGCUUAAGCUGUUUUUGAAUGUAAAGAUUUAGUUUUCUCAGAAAUGGGCAGUGUCCUAACGAUUGCUAUUAAUUUACUAUUAAUUGUGUAUACCUAUAGGUUUACCUUUGUAAAUAAACACCGUUGCAACGGAUUUGAUAACA